AUGAGUCUGGACUCCAAAGAACAGCCUCCUUCCUAUCUUGAAGCAGUUGGCGAAAAUUCCGCUGCUACUUAUUCAACUCCGAGCGUGCAAAGGGAAAGACCGACGCAGGUGAUUAAUUCGAAGCAAUGCCGCUGCAAGAGUUGUCGAAGAAGCUUUAACAGAGGAUGUCGUAGGAACCUCGACGCUCGUACAUUCUAUGGUCGCCCUCGCCGUGUGGGACUCAUUGGAUUGGCGGUCAUGGGUGUCGGCUACGCAAUUGAUAAGAUAUCGGAAAAUAAGGCCCGUAAUAUUCUUCCAGGUGAUCCCAAGUUGGGUGGGGUUUUGUGCCCGAAGUGUGAAGGACAGGGUACGCAAAGUAAUGACUCAGUUUGUGUUACAUGCCAAGGGUAUGGUAGAAUAGGAAGGGAAUAA